AUGUCUUAUUACCUUCCACGUCUUCUGCAUUCCUCUUCCGUCUUCUUCCCCUUCCAUCCCCCGCCAGGCGUGGUACAUGGACGACAAGACCGACGACCAGCGCCUGCCUCCGCUUGCACUCUAGCAUUCGCGAUUUCUCUGUUUCCAUUCCUCUUCUUCCGCGUCUCUUCCGCCGUCCCCCUCCAUCCCCCUUCCAUUCCCCCUCCAUCCCCCCGCCAGGCGUGGUACAUGGACGACAAGACCGACGACCAGCGCCUGCCUCCUCUUGCAUUUUGUCAUUCGCGGUUUCUCUGUUUUCAUUCCUCUUCUUCCGUGUCUCUUCCUCGUCGUCCCCCUCCACUCCAUCCCCCGCCAGGCGUGGUACAUGGACGACAAGACCGACGACCAGCGCCUGCCUCAUCGCCUCGACCCCAACCAGCCCUGCUCCCUCGAAACGCUCUCCGCUCGCCCGCGCAGAGACGGAAAAUCAAUUCCCUCUCACCCCCCGCCGUUUAUCCCGACCUUCCAUCAAACUCUCGCCUGUUCCAGCUGGGCAUCCUGCACUGGAAGCUGGACGCGGACAUCUGGAAGAGCGACCCCGUCCUGCCGCUCCUCUCAACCCCCCACGUCUCACCUGCCCUUCCACGUGUGUCCCUCGUCUUGCGUGCAGAGCUGGGCAUUCUGUACUGGAAGCUGGACGCGGACAUCUGGGAUUCCGACCCCCAGCUGAAGCAGAUCCGCAAGGAGCGCAACUACUCGUACGAGGAGGUGGUGAACAUCCACCCGGACACACUGCCCAACUACGAGCAGAAGCUCAAGUCGUUCUACGAGGAGCACAUUCACACCGAUGAGGAGAUUCGCUACAUCCUUGAUGGCAGUGGCUACUUUGAUGUGAGGGACUUUGAGGACCGUUGGAUCCGCAUCCACACGAAGAAGGGCGACCUCAUCGUGCUGCCAGCUGGCAUCUACCACCGCUUCACCCUCGACUCCACCAACUACGUCAAGGCUCUCCGUCUCUUUGUGGGCGAGCCUGUGUGGACUCCUUACAACCGUCCGGCUGAUGAAAUGGCAGCCAGGAAGGAGUACCUUGAGAAGUUUGCCAUCAGGACUGCAACUGCUGUUGCCUAG